ACCUCCCUCCCCCUCCUCAUGGAAUCUAGCCUUCUUCUCCAUCAUGGAGGCCUCAACCCUCUCUCAGCAGCAAGGAAACACACGCAGAACUUCGUUGCAGGGCUUCAGAGGCCCACCCGCAGCCCGAAAGUGAUAUAUCCUUAUCGGGUUUCUGCAGUCACCACAAAACCCGUUAGCCCGACGGAAGAGAAGAAGACGGUGUACAGUGAUAACUGGUUUGAUCGUCUCGCCAUUCGUCACCUCUCUCAAAGUGUUCAAGCCGCAACGGGUUUGAGGAACGAAAAGGAAGGGUAUGAUAGCUUGAUGGAGGCUGCGAGCAUGGCAGCGAGGAAUUUCGAUGUGAAAGAUCAGCAGAUGUUGGUGACCGAGGCUCUUAAGAAGGCUUUCCCUAAACCCAUUCUUGGAAUGAUAAGAGCUGUCACACCCCCAUCAAAAUUUUCAAGGGAAUAUUUUGCCGCCUUCACCACACUAUUUUUUCCAUGGUUAGUUGGAAAAUGCGAGGUUAGAGAGUCUGAAUUCCACGGAAGAAAAGAAAAGAAUGUCGUCUUCAUUCCCAAGUGCAGGUUUUUGGAAGGAACCAAUUGUGCAGGAAUGUGUACUAAUCUAUGCAAGAUUCCAUCUCAGAAGUUCAUCAAGGACUCACUUGGGAUGCCUGUUCACAUGUCUCCAAAUUUUGAAGACAUGAGUUGCGAGAUGAUCUUCGGGCAGGAGCCACCUAAAGACGACCCAGCAUUGAAGCAACCUUGCUAUACGAAAUUAUGCGUAGCGAAGCAAACACAUGGAGUGACUUGCUCCAGCUGAUAGAUAUUAUACACGUACACAUUUACCCUUACCUACUUAAAAUAAAAUAUAAUAUUGUGUUUUAAGAUGUUCUAGACCAAUUCUUACCUAAGAUCGUGAUCAAAUAUUUGUCCCCUUCUUUUAAUUCUCCUUUUCUUUUCUUUAUACUGUUAUCGACCCAUCAUAAAGCCAAAUAUUCCUGGAGACAUUUUAAUG